AUGGCAGACGUUUUCCAUUUGGAAUUGCAUGAUGUUGAAACAGUGGAAGUUGAUGAUUCAGACGAUGCAAUCGAAAUUGAAGAGGAUGAAUAUGACCAAAACCCCAAUAUCAAUGCUAUUGUUGAGACGGAUGAUACAGAAACUGUGCAGCUGACAGAACAAACUGUCAAUCCUGGCCAGGAAAAAACGGGACCACAGGAUUUUGAGCUUCGCAAAGUUUUGGGCAAAGGUGGCUAUGGAAAGGUAUUCCAAGUCAGGAAGCUGACUGGAACAGAUGCAAACACUGUGUUUGCAAUGAAAGUACUCCGUAAGGCUUCCAUAGUUAGAAAUCAAAAAGAUACUGCUCAUACAAAAGCAGAAAGAAAUAUUCUAGAAGAAGUUAAGCACCCAUUCAUAGUAGAUUUGAAAUAUGCCUUCCAAACAGGUGGAAAAUUGUACUUAAUCCUAGAAUAUUUGAGUGGUGGGGAGCUGUUUAUGCAUUUAGAAAGGGAAGGCAUAUUUUUAGAAGACACUGCUUGCUUUUAUCUAGCAGAAAUAAUCCUAGCCUUGGAACAUUUACAUGGACAAGGUAUAAUUUAUAGAGAUUUGAAGCCUGAAAAUAUACUGCUUGAUGCUCAGGGUCAUGUCAAGCUGACAGACUUUGGACUGUGCAAAGAACACAUCAAUGAGGGUAUUCUCACUCAUACUUUCUGUGGUACCAUCGAAUAUAUGGCCCCAGAAAUCUUGACUAGGCACGGUCACGGAAAAGAAGUCGACUGGUGGUCUCUAGGGGCACUCACCUAUGACAUGUUAACAGGAGCUCCACCUUUCACUGCCGAAAACAGAAAAAAGACAAUAGAAAAAAUCCUAAGAGUGAAACUCAACCUGCCCCCAUACCUAACCGGCGAUGCCAGAGACCUGGUGAGGAAGCUGCUGAAGAGGCAGGUGCCUUCUAGGCUGGGUGCAGCCCCAGAGGAUGCUCAGGCUGUUAAGCAGCACCAGUUCUUCAAGCACAUCAAUUGGGACGAUGUGUUGAGCAGGAAAUUGGAUCCUCCUUUCAAGCCUAGCCUGUCUGGUGAUGAUGAUGUGUCACAGUUUGACACCAAAUUCACGAAACAAACCCCGGUGGAUUCACCAGUUGAAUCUACUCUCAGUGAAAGUGCCAAUUUGAUAUUCCAGGGCUUCACGUACAUCGCCCCCUCGGUCCUCGGGGAACAAAUGCCUUCGCACGUGGUAAGAGCGCGUUCCCCGCGCAAGCCGGGCUCCUCUUUCCGGCGUCAUUUCGGUUUCACGCAUGCGCAACACGGCAACAUUCUCGGCCCGCACUGCAGCUUCCCCGAAACGCCAUCAGGGGGCGCCAGCCAUCACCACAAUCACCACAACCACAAUCCGUUCGCGCCGGCGCACAAUUUCAAUAUGGCGUCGGCAGGCGAGGAAAUGAUGGAAGUCGGCAGCGGUCUACCUCACGUGUAG